UUAGCUUUGAACAAAAUGACAGUUUCUUUCUUGGCAUGGAAAAGUUUCAAGACGGUUUUAGCUCAAUGAGAAAGGAAAUGUUAACCUUUAUUGCGACAGGUUCUAUUUUGUAAGAAAACGGAUUUAUCUGACGUGGCUUAUCAAUUCGUGAAGUUGAUUUUCCAGGGUAAGGAUCUUAUAAUUGGAAACAUUGGCGACUCCAGAGCAGUAUUGGCAACAAGAGACAACGGCAAUGCUUUGAUGGCAGUACAGUUGACAGUGGACUUGAAACCUGAUCUUCCAAGAGAAGCUGCUCGGAUCCGGAAGUUUAAAGGAAGAGUUUUUGCACUGAAAGAUGAGCCUGAAGUUACACGUGUAUGGUUGCCAACUAGCAAUUCACCUGGUUUGGCAAUGGCCAGAGCCUUUGGGGACUUCUGUUUGAAGGAUUUUGGUUUAAUUUCUAUCCCAGAUGUCUAUUACCACCACAUCACUGAGAGAGAUGAGUUUGUCAUUCUUGCCACUGAUGGGGUAUGGGAUGUCCUCUCCAAUGAGAAAGCAGUGGAUAUUGUGGCUUCUGCUCCUGACUGUGGAACAGCCACACGGGCUCUAGUUGAUCAUGCUAGUAGAGCAUGGAGGUUCAAGUACCCAGCAUCCAAGAACGAUGACUGUGCCGCUAUAUGUCUUUUCCUCAAACAUGUAUCUUCAAUUGAUGUGUUAGAAGCACGAAAUGGUGUCACCAAGGCCCACGAAGAGGACGACUUGAAGAAGAUCCUUGUCCCUACACCAGCGGAUAUGGAGAUCUCAAACAAAGCUCUUGCUGGCGGCAUUGUACAUUCGUGUGCAACUACCAACGAGUCAAGUGUGAUAUUGCCUGUGACGGAUGUGGCUGAAGAACAAAAUGAUGUCACCAAUGCGGACAAAGAGAAAGCGAAGAAGCUCCCUUUCUCUAGGGAAGAAGAUAUGGGAAUCUCAGAUGAAGCCCGUGCUACUGAAGUUUUACAUUCAGAUAUUACUGAGUCCAGUGAGAUAGUUCCUGUUGUUGAGGAAAUGGAGAAGCUACCAGAUUGGCCUCUUUGCCAGUUUAAGAGGAGUCUAGCAGAGUGCCUUUCGACUGCAGAUGAUGAAUGGUCAGCACUUGAAGGUAUUGCCCGGGUUAAUAGUCUACUUAGUCUUCCAAGAUUGUCUUCUAAAUCAUGAAAAUGGCCACAAGGCUUAAAUUUGAUCAAAGUGCAUUGUACAUUUUUGUUGCAAGAUAAAGCCUUUCUUCCUGAGUUCUCGAUGGACGAACCGCACGACUGCAUACGUCCAUAGACCCAAAAGUUUCAGAAUUUUGGGAUAAUAUUAGAACAUAUAGUAAUAGCUGAAUGGUAUUAUGGUGGAUAAUAUUCUUUAAUUACAUCAUGAUAUCAUUUACUUAUAACUAUCUAUUUAAAUUUUUAUGUUUAAUUCUUUUAGAUGAUCAUAUAUGGUACACCGAACACCAACUUUAUGUAUUGGUUUA